AUGAUGAAAGAUGAUUUAGAUCUAAAGGAUAUAAAAGAUCCUGAAAAAUUAGGCUUAGAUUAAAAAGUGGAUUGGUUAUUGACCAAAUAACAUUUUAAGCUUGAAAUUUUUUACAAAAAAAAAGCAUAUUCUAAAUCUUAUCAUUGA